AUGUAAAUUAACCUUAAAAUAAAAAAACUUAUUAAACUUUAUAUAGAUUUCAUCUAAAUAGUUUAUGUCAUAACUUUCACUUUGGAGCGUUAUUUAAAUCACGUUCCAUGACGCUGCAAUUGCGACGUGCUGUGAAUAAUUUAUUUGCAUUUCGUUUUCAAAAUUGUAGUAGUCAUCGUAAUCUAAGUCGCCAUUACAAGUUAUUACGUAGCGGAUACCGUUAUUCGGAGUGGGGACCCGGACGUGCGAGGGGGGUGCGUAUCAACUGUGCGGGUGCGGUUGUAGAGCGAGUUUACUCUGUCAGUCGGUCAUUACGGUAUUUCUCAGUAGUGCGUCCCACAUUCACGAUCUUGAAAGAAAGAGUGACAAUGCCAGAACACAAACCGUUUCAACGUUUACCAAAAAAUGUUGUGCCCAAACAUUAUGAACUGCAUUUGGUGCCAAAUCUUGAAAAAUUUACCUUUACAGGGAAGACUACGGUGAAAGUAUCGAUUGUUAAUACUACCAAAGAAAUAGUGCUUAACAGUUUAGAUUUGGAUUUAAAAAGUGUAAGACUCCAAAUCAAUGAUGGGGGUUCAGUUUCAACACUUAAUCCGGUGGAAGUACGACUUGAACCGGCUGAUGAAACUGCAAUAAUAGUUUUUGACAAGCAGCUUCCAGUGGGUGAAGCAACUUUAUAUUGUGAAUUUAUUGGGGAAAUAAAUGAUAAAAUGAAAGGCCUGUACCGUAGCAAAUAUCUUACUCCUAGUGGAGAAGAGCGCUACGCUGCCGUUACUCAAUUUGAAGCGACUGAUGCACGGCGAUGUUUCCCAUGCUGGGACGAACCUGCCAUAAAGGCAACGUUCGAUAUUACUCUUGAAGUACCGACUGAUCGUGUAGCUUUGUCAAAUAUGCCUGUAAAAGUUGAAAAGGUGAAUGGUGAUAAGAAAGUAAUGCAAUUUGACACAACACCGAUAAUGUCUACAUACCUUGUAGCCGUUGUUGUGGGGGAGUAUGACUAUGUUGAAAAAACAUCUCGCGAUGGAGUGUUAGUCCGUGUGUAUACUCCAGUUGGCAAGAGCAAGCAAGGCAUGUUCGCAUUAGAGGUAGCCGCAAAAGUACUGCCAUAUUACAAAGAAUAUUUUGACAUUGCCUAUCCUCUACCUAAGAUAGAUUUGAUAGCAAUAGCUGAUUUCUCUGCUGGUGCCAUGGAGAAUUGGGGUCUCGUAACCUAUAGGGAAACAUGCUUGCUAGUUGAUGAAGAACACACAUCAGCUGUUCGUAGACAAUGGAUUGCGCUUGUGGUGGGACAUGAGCUUGCACACCAGUGGUUUGGCAACCUAGUGACAAUGGAAUGGUGGACGCAUCUCUGGCUCAAUGAAGGCUAUGCUUCAUUUGUUGAAUUUCUUUGUGUUAAUCAUUUGUUCCCCGAAUAUGAUAUUUGGACACAAUUUGUCACAGAAACAUACAUAAGAGCACUCGAAUUAGAUUGCUUGAAAAACUCCCAUCCUAUUGAAGUACCUGUUGGUCACCCAUCAGAGAUAGAUGAAAUUUUUGAUGACAUUUCAUACAACAAAGGUGCAUCAGUAAUUCGCAUGUUGCAUAGAUACAUUGGGGAUGAUGAUUUCCGUAAAGGCAUGAAUAUAUAUCUUACCAGGCACCAGUAUAAAAAUACAUUUACUGAGGACCUUUGGGCGGCUUUGGAGGAGGCCUCUAAUAAGCCCGUAGGUGCCGUGAUGUCAACAUGGACCAAACAAAUGGGUUUCCCGAUGGUUGAAGUCAGUUCCGAGCAGCGUGGCUCUGAUAGAGUUUUGAAGUUAACUCAGAAAAAGUUCUGCGCUGAUGGCAGUCAGAGCGACGACGCUUUGUGGAUGGUGCCCAUCACUAUAUCCACCCAGGAACAACCUUCGAAGGUUGCAUUAUCAACUGUUUUGGAGAAACGAACACAGGAGGUAGUGUUGAAAAAUGUCGCCGAAGAUUCGUGGGUCAAGCUCAAUCCUGGAACAGUGGGGUAUUACCGCACUCGUUACCCGGCCGCCAUGCUGGAGCAGCUGGUGCGUGCUGUGAGGGACGGCAGUCUGCCGCCGCUCGACAGGCUCGGACUGCUGGAUGACUGUUUCGCACUCGUUCAGGCUGGACACGCACACACAUCCGAGUCAUUAAAACUCAUGGAGGCGUUCAACAACGAAGCCAACUUCACCGUUUGGUCGUCUAUUUCAAACUGCCUCGCCAAGCUGAGCGCUUUGUUUUCACACACCCCUCUCGACAAGCCGCUGAAGAACUAUGGCAGGAAGUUAUUUGCUAACGUCACCCGUCGCCUGGGAUGGGAUGCCAAAGAUAAGGAAAGCCAUCUCGAUACUUUGCUCAGAAGCUUAGUGUUGAAUAAAAUGAUCAGCUUCGAAGACCCCGACACGAUUAAGGAGGCUCAGAGCCGCUUCGAGAAGCACCUGUCGGGCGAGUGUACCCUGCCGGCGGACCUGCGCUCGGCGUGUUACCGCGCGGUGUUGGCGAGCGCCGGCGAGGACACCUUCGGUCGCUUCCUGCAGCUGUACCGCGCCGCUGACCUCCACGAGGAGAAGGACCGCAUCAGCCGAGCUCUCGGGGCGGUCAAUGACCCCGCGCUGCUCAAAAAAGUGCUGGAGUUCGCUAUAUCUGACGAGGUUAGGGCACAGGACACCGUCUUCGUCAUUGUGUCGGUGGCUUUGAGCCGUAAUGGACGGGAUUUAGCCUGGCAGUUCUUCAAGGACCAUUGGCAGGAAUUUAUGGACCGUUACCAGGGCGGCUUCCUGCUGGCUCGGCUGGUGAAGUCAACUACUGAGAAUUUUGCGUCUGAAGCAUGCGCUCAAGAGAUCGAGGAGUUCUUCCGCACUCAUCACUCGCCCGGCACUGAGCGGUCCGUGCAACAAGCCUUGGAGACCGUCAGGCUGAACGCGGCCUGGCUCCGGAGAGACCUCGCCUCCACCACCACGUACCUCCAGCCUUAUCACUGAUACGCCCAAAUAACAAAAGACUGAACAUCCAACGAAACACUAUAUUUAUGUUUAGCGAGCCGUGUCUUUGAAAAAUUCUAUUUCCAUGAUUAGUCGUUAGCUACUCAAGCAUCCAUAUAAACAUAUAUAGGUCGAAAUGAAAGAAAAACUUGUGUUGCUUGGUGUUGUCUCUAAGUGGCUUAAAAAUGAUUCAUUACUAUAUAUUUUGUAUGAAUAACGCUUAUGGACGUAGAACAGGAUAUUGUUAAAUUUUAAAAAUAAAAAUUUAAAUAUUCUCCAAAAUGAAAACAAAAUUUAUGACUUUAUUGUUUUAAAUGUUACAAAAACAAGUAAAAAUUAUAAAAAUGUUUCUUUUUAUUAUUUAUCUAAUAACGUCUCUGUAAUUUUUUUAUAUUUGAGCAAUUUGUCUGUAUCCCCUGCCUUGAUUGCAGAAGCUCUUGUAUUAAAGGCUGCUUUAUAAACAUGAAUAUUAUCUCAGUUUUCUUCUAGAAUAUAAUUAUCUGUUUUCAACUUAAAAGAUUAGAUGGUUUAAUUUGUUGUUUAGUCUGUGUUAUUUCUAUUUUUAUGAACUAUUUUUUUGAGCGUAAUAAUUAUUUAAGUUUAAAAAAAAACAUUGUAACACAGUCUAUAAGUUAUAUAUUUCUCUUUGUAUAAAAAUUAUUACUUUCUUGUUGCUUAUUUGCGUUCAUUUCAUCAAAUUUCAUAUAAUAUAUUUUGUUGCGUUUUCCCGUCUUUAUAAGUGGUCCUAGCAGAUAGGCAAAUGUAUAUGUGUAAAAAACUUUAAUUUAAACUAAGAUAUUGUUUUAGUUUCAAAGGUGCUCUGUGCAUUGAAGUUUUUUUUUCUCCAUUAAGAAUGAUAAUAUAUACCACAAAACUUAAUAUAAUUAGAAUGCUUCAAUAUUGUUAUUAUUAGACCUCAAAGCUAUUGUUUUACUUUUCAUAUAUAUUAAUGAUUUUUAAAGAUGUGAUGUUAGUUGUGUUAACAUGGAGAAGUGCAAAUUGUGAUGUAUGAAUUAUAAUCAAAGUUACCAUCACUUAGUGUCCCAUUUGUUGUCGUGAUUUAUUUGUAAGACUGUUAUUGCAAUAAAUCGUACAAAGGA